AGCAAUAACAACAAAGCUGCAAAACACACACAAUAAUUGAUAUAAGCAGAGAUUUUGUCUUUUCUUUUAGUGGUUUGUAGAGAGUGGUAUGCACUCCAGACACCGGAAUGAUGGCUUUCAAGGACAUGACCGAACUGACUUUGGGACCGCCUGGCGGCGAGUUAUUAGUUGCUGGGUCGGAGGUAGUCGCGGUGGCGGCGGCGGCGGCGGAGGCAACGGUUAAGUCUGGGGAGUUUAGUUAUAACAAGAGUUCGAGCUCCAAUAAACGUGGGUUUGUGGAGACCCAAAUUGAAGUUCUUGACCAGCUGAGCUCUACCGGGGAGGAUGCAGCAGCAGCUCCCAAAAAUGCUCAUUUGAACGACAUGUCGUUUGAUGCUGAUGCCACCUCCCGUAUUGUUAGGGAAGCCCCACCUGCAAAGGCUCAAGCAGUAAUUGGGUGGCCACCGGUUAGAUCGUUCCGAAAGAAGGCUAUGGAGUCAGAGAAGUGCAGCAAUAAUAAUAAUAAGUUCGUAAAGGUAGCGGCAGACGGAGCACCAUACCUACGUAAAGUCGACCUAGAAAACUACAAUAGUUAUCACCACCUUUUGACAGCCUUAGACGACAUGUUUGGGACUACUAAUAAUAAUUAUUGUAUCCUCACCAAUAAUAUCAAUAUCAAUAUCCAAGGAAUAAAUUCAUGUGGUAAUAUAAUUGUGGAGGAUCAAAGGUUUAAUAAGCUUGCUAAAGCAGUGAAAGGAACUACUGAAUAUGUGCCAACCUAUGAGGACAAGGAUGGCGACUUGAUGUUAGUUGGAGACGUUCCUUGGAAAAUGUUCACAGAAUCAUGCAAACGCAUAAGACUGAUGAAAAGUUCAGAAGCCAUUGGGUUAGCAGCUCGGUCCAAAAACGAGUCCUGAAUGCACAAACAUCAAAUUAAUGAGAGCUGUGCCACAACAAAGCCCAAAAAAGAAGAAGAAAGAAAGAGUACACUAUCUAGCUACUGUACUACGCUUCAUGAAUAUCAAUUAAUGUACAUAUAUAUUUUCUGAGUUGAUUAGUGUAUUCGACCAGGAGAGAUUAGAUUGUCAUUAUAUUAGUCAAGAAUGAAAGAGACCUACAUAUAUAUAUAUAUAUGUAUAUGUAUGGUGCCUUGCAUUAAUCUUUUUUCAAUUAAUGUAUUUUUUUCUAUAUAUAUCUAUGUUAUCAUGUACUUUUCCCUGUUUUAAUUUGUUGUUUUCCUGGGAACAGUUUGUUAUGCUUGCGGAAUAAUAUAACAGCUAGUGGUACUAUAUUUGCCGACUGA